AUGAUAAAUGCUGUGCUUCCCGAAAAUUCCAAUUCUGACCAUUUAGGCGAUCAAGAUCCAACCACAUCGGAUGAUAGCAACAUUGGGAUGGCUGGCACAUCUCGUCCAGAUGUAAAACAAGUCACUGACCACUUUGACGACCAAGUUCCAACCACGUCGAAUGAUAGCAAUAUUGCGAUGGCUGGCAUAUCUCGUUCAGAUGUAGAACAAGUCAAACGAAAUAUUUUUUUUCCACACAAACCUAUCCCUUCUGCAGUAUUUUACAAUGUACUUCCUUAUCCUCAACAAAAGAAAACGGACUCCAAGAGAAAGAGGAAAAAAGAAUACAUACCAAGUGUUGUCACAUCUGAUAAAUGGGUGGAGUAUCAUGAAGUAAGUGAGAGAAUUAAAAAUGAAAAGGAACAACAAAGGCAAGAAAGGAAGCAGGCUAGAGAGCAGAAAAAACAGAUGAAGGUACAAAAAGAAGGCGAAAAACUCCAAAAAAAGACAACAAAACUUGAAAAACAAAACCUAGAACCGGGAUCUUCUUCAGAAGAACAGGGAGACUGGGAGGAAAGUUGUAGCAGUGGAGACGAUAUUGACUUUAUGGAACCUGAACAAGAAAACAUUGAAAUGUUCGGUACCAAUGAUCUGCAAUUAGGAGAUUUUGUACUUGUAACAUUUAAACUAUUGGAUAAAAGAUCAACGACAACGUAUAGAUAUGUUGCAAAAAUUUUAAAUAUCUUUUCAUCAGAAGAGUAUGAGAUACAAUCUUUUAAAAGUGCUUAUGAAGAGAAGACUGUGUUUUAUCCUAUAGAAAACGACGUUAGCAGCAUAGAUAAAGGCGACAUUUUAGCAAAACUAUCCGAGCCUGUUGUCCAGGAACAAAUCAGAAAGCGUAAAACAAUUUUUUCAGGACAAGUAGACAUUUACGAACAGAUAUGA